UCAUCGUCUGAGAUGAAGCGGUCUACGGACAUGGAGAGCUCUGGCAGUGAGUCGGAUGCGGAGGAGAACACAUCGGAAAGCGAGAGUGAGAGCGAAGAGAGUGAGGUUGACGAGACACCGCCUCCAUCUCCGCCAAAGAAGAAGUCAUACAGCUUGAUGAACCAGAUCCGAAAGGUGCAGAAGGAGAUGCCACAGAUGGCGCCAAGUACUCCUUCAUUCCGUGAACCACCGAGUGUGGAGAACCCUCUCUCCAAUUCCAGGGUAGAUCCUAAUGAAGGGUCCAAGCAUCCAGAACAGAGCGCCGAAAGCGGGGACAACGAAGAUCACGACAGCUUCAGUAAAUACAACACCAGCCAACCUCCCAGUUUUACAGAUUUUCAUCAACUCAUAGAGAGCUCGCAUGAUUCCAAAGCAUCCCCAAGCUCUGUCAAAUCGAAAGGAAGUAGCAAAUCAUCUUCAAAGCCUUUGGGCAGUAGUAAACCAACUGUAAAGCGCCCUCAGACAAGGACAGACAACUCCAGUGGCUCGAAAACGGGCAGUGCGAAGGACACUAGUAGUUCGUCUCGUGUGAAGUCGGAAUCAAAUUCUAAAGAGAGCAGUAAGGCUAAGAGCAGUAAACAGUCAAGUAAAAGUGCUAGUAGUAUAAGUAAAAAGAGUCCUGGACCUGGGGCUGGAGCAAAGUCAAGCACAAAAACCCAGGAAAAGAAACCUGGACAAAGGGCCAAGCAAACUGAGAAAAGGCGUGUGCCAAAAUCUAUUCCAUUAAUUGAUUCAGAUUCUGAUUCAGAGGAUGAAAGGACUCCAUUGCGGCCGUCUUCUAAGGCGGUCGUCAAUACCAGCACAAGUAGUAGUAGUAGUAGCAGUAGCGGGAACAGUAGCUUGAGUACCUUGGACACCAGCUACCCUGUCAGGCAACCUAAGGUUGAGCCGGAGAGCGGAAAGCGCAUGCCAGGUGUGAAAAAGGGCGAUAAUAAGUACAUGGUGAAACCAGAGCCGUUGGACACCUAUGAACAUCGGAGGCCUCCCUUUGAUGACUUUGCUCACAUGGACCCCAUCGUUUCCCCGAUCAGGGCAGACUUUGUUGAUGAGCAGUCACGUCCUUUAGACCGUCAUCCUGAAAUCCAAUACGACAAGAAUGGAAAACCAUCUGUGUUUGUCAGGUUACGACGGGACCUAUUUGAUCACUUGCCAAAGUCUAGUGUGUUUAAGUUUGAACAAAAUGUACCUGGACCGUCAACUCAAAAGCGGAAAGACUCCACUGACCCGCCAGAAAAACCUUUAACAGCAAUCGUUAAACCUGUCAAGAGGAAACAAACUGAACUUGAGAAGGAGAAAUCUGGAAACAAGAGAUCAAGGAUAGAGAACAAGUCACCGAGGAGGAUGAGAGAAGACGCUCUGAGAGGUGUACGGGACGAACCCACCGAGGCCUUAGAGCCAUUUGUAUCAAGUGAGAGUUCAUUAGACAGGCGACAGUCCUCAGACAGGAGAGGUAGUGUGUCAAGUAUGACCAGCCAACCAUCGUCACAUAGCAGCAGGAGAGGGAAGAACGAUUGCGAUCCCCACCACCCAUCCAGCCGCUCCAAACGGGACAGCAGCCGCGGCCGGGAUUUCGCCAGCCAGCGCAUCCACGACUGGACCAGCCCCGAGCACCAUGCCGAUAGGUCAGUGGAAAUGCCGCACAAUGUGGCCCUCGGAGGAGGAGGCGGCGAGGCCGACCCAUCCGCCUCCUCGCACCGCAACGGUGGCCUCUCCCACUCUCAUUCCCACUCUCUCCCUCCCCACGCCCACCAUUCCACCACCUCCCACCCCCAUAGAGGCGUGGAGGGCGAGGACUGGAGGGUGUUCCCUCCCGCAGAGAGCUACCCGGGUUACGGUGAGGAGGCGCAGUCCAGACACAGACUGGAGUUGGACGAAAGGUGAGUCCAUCCGUGUGGUUAGCUGACUUUGACUUGUCUGUUCCCAUCCGUUCUCUUGUUGUUGUUGUUGAGUUCUUUCUUGAAUUCCUUGCCUUUGUUGAGAUAAGAGUGUUAUUUGCUUCAUUAACUCACCCUAGAAGCUGUUCACACGCACAGCAAUAAUGGCACUUAGAGACUGAUGAUGUGCUAUUUAUUUUGGCUCUGGUCUAGUGCUUCCUGAAGAUCAUGACAGUGUGAAGUAGUCAAAUAAGCAACGUAUCCUCACCAGGCAUGCAAAGCACCACAUAAACUACAGAGUUCUCACUCCUUUGCAUUAAAACUCAAAGAGCAAUGAGCGCUGUUUAUCUUAGCAAAGAUAUGUUGAUAUGUUAGGCAGCUGGGUCGUGACUAGAAAUCAUGAGUGGAGCUGGAAAGACGUCAUUGACCAACCCUUUGAUAAAUGCACUCCCACAUCAUCAAAAAGCCUGUUCUCACUGUAGCAGUAGUCAAAUAGUUCAAUGCUUCACAUCCUUAACUUGAAUAUUAACACAUCAAGCUGCCAACACUUUUAGUAAUGCACCAAAAAUAGGGACUUUGAGAACAUUCUGGAAGUGUAAUUUCAUGACGUGUAUGUCUUUAUUGUUGGUUUUCUUCCAUUGAUGGUAUAACUUGUGUUUGUGCCCCUGGCAUAUAAAUUGCAAUGUUGAACAAAAUUUUCAUAUUGGUGCUUUCUGUCUGUCACUGUUUAAAGAACUUCUUUGCUUUCCACUUUGCAUGAAUCAGUAGACGUGUAAUGUUAUGGUUUUGUUGUUUAAAUGCAUGGCCUUAUUUCAUGUGACACCCGAAUUGCAGCUAUUAACAUGAUAAGAAGCAGAGAUCUGGACAGCAAUGGCCUGGAACAUGGCACAUAGGAUGUGCUUUGUAAAGAAAUAUACAAUAAAAGAAUAUUUUAAAAUGAAUGUAAUGGGAAUUAUGGAAUACUUGAACAGACUUCAGAUAAAGCACAAGAAUAGAGCUAAGAGAAAGAAUAUUUAUG